CUAGAAACGUCAAAAUCACCUGACGAUUGUUUUAUCUGUUUUGAUCGUUUUGAUUAAAAAUUAUUUUAAAGAGAUCGAUAUUUUUCAUAAAAUUUGGAAACUAUAUCCAAAGAACAUUCCUUUCAAAAUGCCGGCAACUCGUGAGGAUGUGUGUCAGCUGAUGGAUAAACUGCUGAUCCACUCGCUAGAGUUGAUGGAGCAGGAGAUAAAGUUGAAAACGACAAUCGAAGCCGUGACAAAUGAUGGACAACUGGACUUGGCCCAUACACGGUUCACCAAAGGCAGUCACUCGGUCUCGGCUGUACAGCUGCCAACCGAGGAUUACAAGGACUUCAGUGCGCUAAAUUCGCUCAGCGAGGAUCGCGACGAGCUGGACAAUGUGAAGAUAGCGUUGGAUAACCAUCCGGUUGACAAGGAGGCAGGCUAUAUCGAUCCGGUCAGGUGGUUCGGAAUUUUAAUGCCACCGACUUUGCAGAGUGCGCGAAAUAAGUUCUGUCGGGCGCUGGAGUACGUGGUCGAAUGUGGUAAUGUCCAGAUCCAGUUGAGGAAUGUUUUGCUCAAUUAUGAAAAACUUAAUAAAAUGAAAUUAGGAAUGUAAGGUUAAUCUUUGUCACUUCUACCAUUCAUUAGUUUGUAAGAUUUUGAAAUGCAUGGAAGUAAAUUGGUUUGAUAGAUAUACCGAUAUUUUUGCAUGGAGGAUGAUAUUAAUUUGAAAGUUAAGUUUA